AUGGAAAGCUACAGAGGUCCGCAAGAUGGACACAUUCCAAAUAACGUAGAUGCAAAUGGACAAAUACCAAUCGCAAUGGAUUCAAAUGGAACUUAUUCUCAGCCAUUCAAUGUGAAUAAUAUGUACGCAGAAGAACCAGUCCCAAAUUAUACUCCACAGCAGCAACAACAACAACAACACGCAUACUCCAAUAUACAAUUAUCAUCCACCUUAUCAACAGCCUCAAAUAAAUUUGAAGAUCCUCAUUCCUCAGCUCCAUCUACAUCUAGUAUAUUAUCAUCAUCAACAACUUCAAAACCAACAAAUAUCAAUCCUACGGUUUUGCAGACUUAUACCAAUGCAAAUUUCAAUCAGUUCACUUCUACGCAAUUUACAAAACAAAUUAAGCAACAAAUGAGACUAUUACCAAAUCAAACUUAUAGACAACAAUUCUAUCAAGCUGAGCAAAAUACAACUAAUAAUAAUAAUAACAAUAAUAAUAACGUGAUUAAUUAUCUUACAAAUACUCCAAGCACUUCAAAUUAUGUAAAUGAAAAUAAACUUCCAUAUUUGGCUAACUCAAAAUUACUGUUAAAAUCCCAAUCACAGUCACAACCACAGUCGCAAUCGAACAAUAACGCUUUCAUAUCAGUAGAAAGUAGAAAUGAUUCAGCAUCGUCAAAAAGUGUAUCUCCUUUAGAGUCCAUCCCAUUACAGAAAAAUGAUUUAAAACCUUAUGAUAACCCAAGAUCUGCAAAGAAAAGAGUCUCAAGAGCUUGUGAUCAUUGUAGGAAAAGAAAGAUUAAAUGUGAUGAAAAAAGGGAUCCAAAUACAAAUAAGUGUUCAAAUUGUAUUAAAUAUAACUCUGAGUGUACUUUCAAAAAUUGGGAACAAAAUGAUGCUAUUGCUGCUGCUAACUCAAUACAACGGUCCACUAUUAAACAAGAGCCACACGGAGUUCAUAAAAUUAAAAAAAAUACAAAAGUAGAAGAUAUUUCUCCAGUAUCAUAUUCUUCACCAGAUACCACUUCAAAGUCAAGUGUAUCAAAAAUUGAACGAAUCGAGAAAAAAGUUUCUUUAUUGUCGGAACACAUUGGUAGAAUUGAAGAUUUAUUAAUUAAAAUAUCUGAACAAAAUUCAAAAAAUAAUGAUAGAAAAGAUGGUUCAAAUGAAAUCCAAGAAGAGGUAUUAGCAAAAACAAGUCAUGAUCUUUCACAAUUUAAAAAAGAAGGUAAAUAUGGCUUGAAAGAAAAUUAUACAUUAAAAAGUAAUAGCUCAAAACUUUAUAGUACUUCAUUAUUAACAACUCAAAAAUUAAUGUGGAUGAUAUAUACUCUUUCAAGAGGAAGAAAAAUUAAAGAAUCAAAAGCUGAAGAAAUAAUAAAACCCAUAAAAGAUAUGUUAUCAAUAUCAUUAAAAUGGUACGUUUUACAAUCUAAAAAAUUAAUGGAUUUUAGUUCUCCCUUCACAGUCGAUAAUAAGUCAUGUUUGAGUCCUUUGCCUCCAAAGGAACAAUGUAAAAGAUUAUUGGAGAAUUUUAGAGCCACGGCAUUAUCGCAUAUCGCAAGUAUUAUUGGUUUGGACGAAUGUUUAGAGAUUGCUGAUAAAUAUUAUAAUACUCCAGAAGGUAGACACAAAUUAUCAUAUUCAGAACUACUUUUGUUAAAUAUUUGUAUUUGUUCUGGUGCAUCAAUCACUCAAAUGAUGAAAACUAGUGAUUACUAUUUAAGAAAGGAUAAGUUCAAUCCAAAUAAAACUGAAUUAAAAAUAAUUGAAAGUAAUUGUUUAUUGAACUCAAUGUAUUAUUACAACAAAGUCACUAUAUUAAAUGAAGGUAUUAAAACUUUACAAGCAUUGCUAUUAUUGAGUAGUUAUUUACAGACAAAUGUCAACAUUGAAGUUGCGUUGGCAGUUUUGGAAACUGCAAUCAGAUAUGUCAUAAAGAUGGGUUUAAAUAAACAGUCCUACUAUGACAAUAUAUACAUCGAAGAUGUUAUGACUGCACGUAGUAUUCUAUGGCGUUGUUACUCUAAGGAUAAAUCAUUUGCCCUAAUGUUGAAUAAGCCUCCUUUAUUAAGACCCACUGAUUUCGAUAUAUCCCCUAAAACUACUUAUCUUAAUGUUAUUAAAGAAUUGAUUGGUAGAAAAGGUUCUCAAAGAGAUAUGGAAGAGAUGUCAAACAUUGAUAAUGUGGAGGAUGCUUUAAACUUUAUUAUUAGAUACUCCGAAUACGUUCCGUUAUUUAUUUCUUAUUAUGCUACAAUGUUAACUGAAAUUGAAACCAGUAUAUAUUUAGAAUGUUUUUCAGUUGAUAGUUUUGCAAACAAAGGUUUUGGACAAAAUUUAGAAACCAUUUUAAAAUUACGUUCUUCUUUAAUUGAUUGGGAAGAUGGCUUGCACCCUUGUAUUAGUGUUAAAAGUUACAAACAAUGUUUAUCAGCACUAUAUGUUCAAACUUUCGAUGGUAAUCCUGCUCUUUACUUCGAAGUGGCAUGUUUCCGUGUAUUAGGGUGCCAUUUCCAUUAUUAUUAUUUAAGAGUUAUGCUAGGUUUACUUGGCACCUCUUAUUUAAUUAAUAACGAAGACCUAUUGCUAGAAUCUAAUUAUGAUAUUCUGGCACUUUAUAACUUAUUCAGAAAUGAUUCCCUACAGUGCAGUAUUAGAAUGUUAGAAUUAUUCCAAACAUUUGACUAUCAACCAUAUGUUAAUGACGAAAUAGCAUACUAUUUCCUCACUGGUGUUUAUGUGAUUUUAUUUUACAUUGUAGAACAUAGCGGUGACAGAACUAAUGAUAAGGUAUUACAAUUAAUAAACCUAUUUGAAGUUACACAUGCUCAUAUAAUAGGUGAAAAUCAAGAAUCAUUAACCAGUGAUAACAUGAAGUGGAAUGUGGGUUUGUUCUUUUAUACGUACAUUUUGCAACAAUUACUGAAGUACUUUGAAAUUAAAGAUAAUAUGGAUAAUAUUUUAGAUGUUGAUAUUACUCCAUAUUCAAACAUGUUACUAAAAAUAUUAGAUAAUUCAAACGCAAUGAAAAACCACGUUGCUGAUGAAUUAUAUAAUUUGAUGAAGAAGAGUAAUUCGUCACCAUAUGGUGAUAUACAGGAUUUUUCAAAAGAUAUUUUGAGUGAUGAAAAUGAGUUGGGUGAAGAGAUGGUUACACCAUCUAUCACACUUUUCCGAGAGCUGGAGGUAAGCAGUCUAAUAGCUUUGAAAUCUGAUAGUCCAUUACUAAGUAUACCAUACCAUCAAUCUUCUCCAGCUACUCCAGGGGCUGUGAUUAGAGAUAAAAAAGAACUCUUUAAAAAUGACCAUUCUCUUUAUACCGUGGAGCCAAAAUCAUUUACUAACAUGAUUUAUAGUUUGAGUUCUUUACCUUUCGAAUCACAAGGUUUUAGUGACUUGGAUAUUAACAACUUUAUUGAUGAAGAGAUGUUUCAACAAUUAUUCCAGGUGGAAUUUACAGACCCGUUUUGGCGCAAUGAAUUGUUUUAUGAUAGGGAAUUUUUCUUCUCAGAAGCUAUUAUUUCUCGUUCAAAUCAAUCAAGAAAUUUAUAA